UUUUAGAGUUCUAAUCGGGUUGGCAUGUCGUCCAAGAUGGAUGUGCGCGAGUUGGUCUCGUCAUUGCGUGCUCAGCUGUUGCGGGGGCUGGCGCAUAGCCAGGGCAUGCAUUUCCAAGGUCUGUCCGCGGCGGCACGAUCUGCGAAGAAUCUGGCGCCCAAGCAGCGUAACAAGAUUAUCAAGAUUGACUUUGCGUACCAUCUUUGCGAGCACAUCACGCAGCAGAGUGUUUCUGAUUUUAUAUCUGAAGUUUUUGGCGCGGAGUAUCCAGCUGACCCUUGUCCACUUACGUCCCCUGAGGUGGUGGUCCCUCGCUUUCGCUCUCGCCCGCAGGGUCGCGCGUUAGACCCGACAGCUGCCGACUUUGUCCCACUCCAUUAUGUUCGAAGUGAGGGCGCCCGCGCUCCAGCACAACCGGCCUCGUAUCAGGCCCUUUGGUCCGUGCCGGAGGCUCUGGCGUCUGCACAGUGCUUGUAUGAUUCACAACUUUCUGCCUUUUCUGGGUUAGUGGAGUCUCAGAAUCAAACUAUUGCGAAGCUUCAGGGUAUUUUGGACAAACUUGGCGUUCCUCCUCGUCCCCAGGAGCCCUCGGAGUCUGAUUCCUUCCAUGCGGAUUCGUCUUCCGAGUCGCCCAGUACGAGGCCCUCGGGUGACGGCACGGGACCCCAGCACCCGCGUCUGGAGUCCAUCCAGCGGCAGAUAGACGGCAUGGCGACCAGCAUGGAUGCAAAGAUUUCUUCUUCUGUUUCUUCUGCGAUGUCCGAGGUCGCGCGCGGGUUUCCCGCCUUGCUGCGGGAGUUGACCCAGGAUCUUGGGACGAAGAUCAUGGAGACUGCGGCGCCAAAGCUGCUGGAGCUUCUGAUGCCUAUUUUGGAGGGUCGUCUUCUGAAGGUGAUGGACGUCGUUGGCAUUUUACAAACAAGGCUGCAGGAGCUGGAGAAGCGCUCUCCUCUAGCAGAGGGUUAUUCGGACGACCUGGAGAGUUUGGCAGAGGAGGUCUCAGUUCUCGGCUCACGGCUGCAAGAGGUCGAAGGUUCUAUUGCCAGCUUGCUUGACCCUGCUCGGCGGGGCCCUUGCUCUCCUGUCCGCAGCAAUGUGUCCAAGGCGUCGUCAGCGAACAUAUUAUGCAAGUUUGGAUAUGAGUGCAAUCGCCCCAACUGUACCUUCUCCCAUCCUAGGGGGCGGAAGAUCGACGGCAAGGAGCCGCAGCGCAUAGAGCCAGCUGCCAAACCUAUUGAUUAUGCUAGAUUCGAUGCGAUCAACGAUGCCUUUGAUGCUGAGGAGCUCGUCGGCCAUCUGUCGGGGGCAUUGCGGCUUCCGCCUGAACCAGAGGAUGGCGACAAUGAUGUGUAUGGUGGUGAGUUGUUGGUCGGCCAGGGCGUGGCUCACUGGCACCCGCCUGAACCUGACAUCGACUGAUACCAUUUCCACGUCUUAUAGUUUAUCGCGACGACUUCGCCGAGCCGGUUCUUUCAUCAGCUACUCGCCCCUGCUCUUCCUCUCCAUCGUCUAUUUCGUCGCUUGCGAGGUUAUUAUGUAAGGGGCUGCCGCCCACUCCCACCCCUCGUCUCGGCGAGGUGCGGAUUCUAAAGUUGUCAGACAGACCUCUCGGCUACGCUCCACCUCCUCC